AGUCGGGAUACCCUGGGAGCCACGUCAAGCGCUCCCUAUUGUAGCUAGCUCGUAGCUUUAACGUAAGCUAGUUUUAAAGCAUCGUCCCAUAGAAUGGAAAACGUUGAAGGAAUGGAGGUGGAUGGCUGGGACUCCAGUCUGGAGGAAGAGUUUGGCAUAUCCCUGGAUGAGCUGAAGAAAUGGAUUGAUGAAGCUGUGGAAAAGAGCGACAUUGUCCAGAAGAAGAAAGCUCAGCUGACGGAGCUUAAGGAAUGGGUGGAGCAGAAAGAGGAAGAGGAGGCAAAGACGGAGAUGCUGCUUACUGAUGCCAACCAGUCUGUAAUAGAGUGUGAGAAGCUGGUGAAGGAAGCUUGUAAGAAGAAUGGUCUUGUUUAUCGUGAGAGCGGCUCCGAGGAUGAGGGAGGCGGAGGAGGUUCCCUGCCCUCUGAAGUUAUAGAGAUAGACGACGAUGAUGACGACGACGUUAUUGCUGUUGGUUGUUUGGUUCCCCCAAACAAGACAUUAACCCCCUCUAAAGACCCUGCGUUAAAGGAAGCCUCUGCAGUUCUGCAGAAAACCUCCCACCAAGUUCAGAAGUUGGUCCAAAUAGUCGCCAAGUCUCCAGCAUCUGCUGCGUUGCUUCGAUCUCCAACACAGCUCUCUGCUCCUUCAGGUAUUCAAAGCUCGGCACCAGCAGUGUUUGUGUCUCAGGCCCCAUCCCAAGGAAUGACUCAGCCGAGCCCAAACAUAAAAGAAGAUGAGCUCAAAAUUGGGAUGAACAUUCUGGGAAAGAAACGCACGAAGACCUGGCACAGAGGCACUCUUGUUGCCAUCAACCCUAUUGGAGGUGGGGUUUACAAAUACAAAGUAAAGUUUGAUAAAGGCAAGAGUCUGCUGUCGGGAAACCAUGUGGCUUUCGACUACAACCCCACUCUGGAGAGUCUGUUUGUUGGGGCUCGAGUAGUUGCCAAGUACAAAGAUGGCAACCUGGUGUGGCUGUAUGCAGGAAUCGUAGCAGAAAUGCCCAACAACAAGAACCGCAUGAGGUUCUUGAUCUUCUUCGAUGAUGGCUAUGCUUCCUAUGUGAUACUUCCUGAACUUUACCCUGUUUGCAGACCUUUAAAACACACUUGGGAGGACAUAGAAGAUGCUUCUUGUCGAGACUUUAUCGAGGAGUAUAUCUCUGCCUAUCCCAGCAGGCCGAUGGUGCUCCUCAAGGCCGGCCAAAUAAUCAAGACGGAGUGGGAAGGAACUUGGUGGAAGAGCAGGGUGGAGGAAGUGGAUGGCAGCUUGGUCAAGAUUCUCUUUUUAGAUGAUAAGAGGAGUGAGUGGAUCUACAGAGGAUCCACCAGGCUGGAGCCUAUGUUCAACCUGAAAAUGACCACAGCUAACACCCAUGAAAAGAAGCUGGCUGGGCAGCAGAGGACGAGACCCAACAUGGGAGCUUUGCGGACUAAAGGCCCGGUAGUUCAGUACACAGGGGUGGAACAUGUUGGAGGUUCUCCUGUUAAAAGCCCACAGCCCCCAUCUACUGAACCUGUGACCCCACAGCCUCAACCAAGUCCACAACCACAGCAACCUCAACCGAUUGCACAGAACACUCAGCCCCCACAGCCCCCCCAGCCUCCACGUGUGGAGAAUAAAACUCAGAUGGCAAAGAAGAGUACGUCUCCAUUUGUGCCUGGAGUUGGAGGCACACACGCUUCCAAAAUCCUGCAGUCUUUGACCCCCACUUCCACUAAUAUUGCAAGUGCAAAAAUUCUGAGUCCUGCAGUUACUCCUCAGUCCAAUUUUUCCUCGUUGUAUCCGAGACCGCUUCCCACCACACCUCCUGCCCCCCCUCCCAUGCCGCAUGUGGUGGCCACCAUUCCCACACAGGCCUCGUACAGAGCCCCAACAGACCGCAUCUUUUACCUGGCCCAUACGUGUCAGCCUGCCUGUCUGAACCGGGUCCGACCAGUAAAACCAGACAUCCACAGAGGCAAGAACCCCCUCCUCACACCUUUGCUGUAUGAUUUCAGACGCAUGACAGGACGCCGUAAAGUCAAUCGGAAGAUGUCUUUCCACGUGAUCUACAAGGCUCCAUGUGGACUUUGUCUGCGCAACAUGCCAGAGAUUCAGAACUACCUCUUCCAGACCCGCUGUGACUUUAUCUUCUUGGAGAUGUUCUGCCUCGAUCCCUAUGUGCUGGUGGACCGCCCUUUCCAGCCGCAGAGGCCCUUUUAUUACAUUCCAGAUAUCACUGGUGGGAAGGAGGACAUCCCUCUUUCAUGCGUGAACGAGAUCGAUAACACUCCGCCUCCUAAAGUCAAAUACAGUAAAGAGCGUAUUCCAGAAGAUGGAGUAUUCAUCAACACCAGCGAUGACUUCCUAGUUGGGUGCGAUUGCACCGAUGGCUGUCGAGACAAGUCCAAAUGUUCCUGCCACCAGCUGACUCUUCAAGCCACAGCUUGCACACCAGGGGCGCAGAUCAACCCAAACGCUGGAUAUUUGCACAAGCGAUUAGAGGAGUGUCUGCCUACAGGGAUCUACGAGUGUAAUAAGAGGUGCAAAUGUUGUGCUCAGAUGUGCACCAACAGGCUGGUGCAGCACGGCCUGCAGGUUCGUCUUCAACUCUUCAAAACGCAGAACAAAGGCUGGGGCAUCCGGUGUCUGGAUGAUGUGGCCAAAGGCUCAUUCGUCUGCAUUUAUGCUGGUAAAAUCCUGACGGACGAUUUUGCCGACAAAGAAGGUCUGGAAAUGGGCGAUGAGUAUUUCGCCAACCUAGACCACAUUGAGAGCGUGGAGAACUUCAAGGAGGGCUACGAGAGCGAGGCCCACUGCUCAGACAGCGAGGGAAGUGGCGUUGACCUUUCCAGGAUGAAAAUCCAGCCAUCCGCGUUAGUGUCGAGUAGCAGCGGGGGGCGACAUCCCAGGAAGGCUCGCAACUCAAGCUCAACCACUGAUAGCAAUGAUGACGAGGACAAAGAUUCAAAGAGUGAAGACGAAAGUGACAGUUCAGAUGACACUUUUGUCAAAGAAAACUUCUACACUUCCAGUUCCGUGUGGAGGAGCUACACAACACGCGGCCAGCUGAAAGGCAACAAAGAAGGGAGUCAGGACAGUAAAGAUGGAUUGAGCCUCACAUGCAGAGAGAAAGGUGAUGAUAACCCCCCAGCCAUGCCUGAGGAGACGGGCAAAAGCAAAGUAGCUUUUUGGCUAACGAGCCAGGGGCUCAAGAAGGACACCGGAGAUGGCAAGAGUCAAGCAAAAUCAGAACCAGGAAAGAAGCAGGAUGUGAUGACUCUCUCAGACAGUGAUGAUGUCCAAACCAUCAGCUCUGGAUCAGAAGACAACAAAGAGAAGGAGAAAGUUCCUACAGGUGUGCCAAAGAAGCAGGUGGCAGUAAAGUCCACUCGAGGCAUCGCCUUGAAAAACAGCCACAGUAUGAUGGUAAAAACCGGUUCAGGCGGAGGAGGAGGAGGAGGAGGAGCAGGAGGCCAGGGGGGGAAAGCUGGGACGUCAGGACAAACCACAGGAGGCGGAGAAAAUGCUCCCAAAAACACUCGGCUGUUCUUCGAUGGCGAAGAGUCCUGCUACAUCAUUGAUGCCAAGUUAGAAGGAAAUCUCGGACGUUAUCUGAACCAUAGCUGCAGUCCAAACCUAUUUGUCCAGAAUGUGUUUGUGGACACUCAUGACUUGCGGUUCCCCUGGGUGGCUUUCUUUGCCAGCAAACGAAUCCGGGCCGGUACCGAGCUGACAUGGGACUACAACUAUGAAGUGGGCAGCGUGGAGGGAAAAGAGCUGCUCUGCUGCUGCGGCUCCACAGAAUGCAGAGGAAGAUUGCUGUGAUCCAUUAGAAAUCAUCCCCCCAAAAUAUACUUAGGUUCUGUAAAUAUUUUAAUGAUUGAUUUUGUUUGGUUUUUUAACUAUGACAUGUUGUCUUCAUAAAUUGCUAUUAAAUGUCUCAUUUUCAACUGAAUAAAA